GUCACAACCACGACGUCGUUUUAUAAACACCAAAUUCUGGCUUCACAUCUCAAUCAUCAACAGAUUCAACACUCUGAACCUUCGACAAUACGCUAACAACAUCCAUAGAGAAGAGAAGAAGAAGAAGGGGAAAAAAAAAAAACUGUUUCACUCAAAUCGAUUCUUCAUUCCAAAAAUGGCCAAAACGGUGAUCACCACCGUCGUUUCACUAAUCACAAUUCUCUUCCUCGCAACAACACCACCAUCAACGGCUGAGAUCAAAUCUCUCACCAUAACCUCCGAUACCCGACCCAUGAUCUUAUUCGAAAAAUUCGGGUUCACACACUCCGGCCACGUCCGGAUCGCAGUAUCGGAAGUCUCAGUCGCCGCCGGCGCAUCACAACCCGAUCCAUCUAGUCUCGGUUUCUUCCUGUUAAACGAAGAAUCGCUUCUUCAAGUUCUAAUUGAGAUCCAACAAAACCCUAGCUUCUGCGUUCUCAAUUCACAUUACAUCACGACUCUAUUCACUUUCCGUGAUCUUUCACCACCUCCAACUGCAUCGUUUAACCGUUCUUAUCCUGUUACCUAUCCGAAUGAGUUCAGUCUCUUCUUCGCUAAUUGUGUGCCGGAAACCUCCGUUUCCAUGGCGGUUCGCACCGAGCUUUUCAACCUUGAUGCCGAUAAAUCCCGUGAUUAUCUAUCCGCCGGUCAAACUCAGCUUCCUACUCUGUUUUUCCUCUUCUCCAUCGUUUACUUAGGUUUCCUCGGUGUCUGGUUCUAUGUCUGUUACAACAACAAACGCUCCGUUCACCGGAUCCAUCUUCUCAUGGCGGCUCUUCUCCUCAUGAAAGCUCUUAAUCUCAUUUGCGCCGCCGAGGAUAAGCACUAUGUCAAGAUCACAGGAACUCCUCACGGUUGGGAUGUUCUUUUCUACAUUUUCCAGUUCAUUCGUGUUGUGUUGCUUUUCACCGUCAUUGUAUUGAUCGGUACCGGAUGGUCGUUCUUGAAGCCAUUUCUGCAGGAAAGAGAGAAGAAGGUUCUCAUGGUUGUUAUUCCUCUUCAGGUUUUGGCAAAUCUAGCUUCUGUUAUAAUCGGCGAAACUGGUCCUUUUAUCAAGGAUUGGGUUACUUGGAACCAGGUUUUCUUACUUGUUGAUAUCAUUUGUUGUUGUGCAAUCAUUUUUCCUAUUGUAUGGUCAAUUAAAUCGCUUAGGGAAACAUCCAAGACCGAUGGAAAAGCUGCUAGGAAUCUCGCCAAGCUAACCCUUUUUAGGCAAUUCUAUAUUGUUGUUAUUGGUUACCUUUAUUUCACUCGCAUUGUUGUUUUUGCUCUCAAAACCAUCACUGCUUAUAAGUAUAGGUGGGUUAGUAAUCUUGCUGAGGAGGGUGCUAGUCUUGCCUUUUACAUUGUCAUGUUUUACAUGUUUAUGCCUGUGGAGAAGAAUGAGUAUUUUGUGCUUGAUGACGAGGAAGAAGAAGCCGCUGAGAUUGCUCUCAGGGAAGAAGAGUUCGAGCUUUGAGAGAAUGCAUUUAGCUCAACCGUGGAUAUUAGGUUCGCAAUUCGCCUGUAACUGCAAGUGCAACUACAUUUGUGGUUCAUGUUUACUGUGCUGUCAGUGCAUUGCUGUUCCUCCUUUUUACUUCCUUGACCCCUCUUUAUUUUUUAACAUUCUAUUUUACGGUUAGAGAUGUUGGAAUACUGCCUGUAUGUUUUUAGAUUUUAUUUUAUUUUUUUUGUUUGGAAUGCUCAUAUUGUACUGUGCCGAAUAGAAAAUGUUUGUUAAUGUUUGUACUCAAAAUCAAAUGCUGCUUUCACUAUAGGCGAUGAUUUUUCAUUUAA